GUAAGAAGGAAUCACAGAACUAGGGACAUGUCAUGUCAUGCAAUGCAACAACAACAUGGACUGUGUAUGCUGAUUUUGGUAAUAGAAUGAGCACUUUCCAAUGGUGGGUAUAUAUUCAAGGUAUCGGCCAUCCCUUGAAGACCUUGUUAAGCUUUUGAAACUCGCUUCUGAUGCCAAAAGAUUAGCUUUUGGCAAAGCCAUUCAUGCCCAGUUUCUCAUUCGCAACCAAACUUCAAACCCCACUCACCUCAACACCCUCAUUCACCUCUAUGUCAAGUGUGGCCAACUGGGUCAUGCUCGAACACUGUUUGAUGCAAUGCCCCAAAGAAAUGUUGUUUCUUGGAAUGCUUUGAUGGCUGGGUAUCUGCAUGGUGGGGACCACUUGCAAGUCCUUGUGCUCUUCAAGAACUUGGUUUCAUUGCAAAAUGCAUGCCCCAAUGAGUAUGUGUUCACCACUGUUCUUUCUGCUUGUUCUCAUAGUGGGAGACUGAAAGAUGGGAUGCAGUGUCAUGGGCUUUUGUUCAAAUUUGGUUUGGUGUCUCAUGAGUAUGUGAGGAGUGCUCUUGUUCACAUGUACUCAAGGUGUUCCCAUGUGGACUUAGGAUUGCAGGUUUUGGAUACAGUGCCUAGUCGGUGUGAUAAUGAUGUCUUUGCUUAUAAUUCUGUGUUGAAUGUACUUGUGGAGUCUGAUCGUGGGGAAGAGGCUUUGAAAGUUUUGGAAAGGAUGGUGGAUGAAUGCGUGGUGUGGGAUAAUGUUACAUAUGUCAGUGUCAUGGGGCUUUGUGCUCAGAUUAGAGAUUUACAGUUGGGUUUGCGAGUCCAUGCCCGGGUAUUAAGGCGUGGUUUGAUGUUUGAUAUGUUUGUUGCUAGCAUGUUGAUAGACAUGUAUGGGAAAUGUGGUGAAGUUUUAAAUGCAAGGAAAGUUUUUGAUGGCUUGCAUGAAAGGAAUGUAGUGGUGUGGACAGCCCUCAUGACUGCUUACUUGCAAAAUGGAUAUUUUGAGGAGACUUUGAAUCUGUUUGCUUGUAUGGAUGGAGAUGAUACUCUGCCAAACGAGUAUACUGUCGCAGUUUUGUUUAAUGCAUGUGCGGGUAUAGCAGCACUGAAACAUGGUGAUCUAUUACAUGCCAGGGUUGAGAAGUUAGGCUUUAAGAAUCAUGUUAUUGUCGGGAAUGCUUUGAUUAAUAUGUAUUCCAAGAGUGGCAGCAUUGAUUCUUCAUAUGAUGUGUUCUCAGAUAUGAUAUAUCGAGAUGUUAUCACUUGGAAUGCUAUGAUAUGUGCAUAUUCCCACCAUGGGCUUGGUAAACAAGCUUUACUAGUGUUCCAAGACAUGUUAUCUGCUGGAGAAUGCCCAAACUAUGUAACCUUUAUCGGGGUUCUUUCUGCUUGUGCUCAUUUGGGUCUUGUACAAGAAGGGUUUUACCAUUUGAAUCAGCUGAUGAAAAGUUUUAAGAUUGAGCCAGGAUUGGAGCAUUACACCUGUAUGGUUGCGCUUUUGAGCAGGGUUGGUUUGCUUGAUGAAGCAGAGAACUUCAUGAGGACAACUCAGGUGAUGUGGGAUGUUGUUGCCUGGCGAACUUUGCUUAAUUCUUGCCAUGUUCAUCGAAAUUAUGGUUUGGGAAGACGAAUUGCGGAAUAUGUCUUAAAGAUGGACCCACAUGAUGUGGGAACAUACACAUUGCUAUCAAAUAUGUAUGCCAAAGCAAAAAGGUGGGAUAGAGUUGUGACAAUUAGGAAACAGAUGAGGGAAAGAAACAUUAAGAAGGAACCAGGAGUAAGUUGGCUGGAGAUAAGAAAUGUAAUCCAUGUUUUUCUUUCAGAAGACAGUAAUCAUCCAGAGUCUAUUCAAAUUUACAAGAAAGUUCGACAAUUGUUGGCAAUGAUUAAACCAUUAGGAUAUGUGCCAAAUAUUGCUGCUGUACUUCAUGAUGUGGAAGAUGAACAGAAGGAAGGUUAUCUCAGUUAUCACAGUGAGAAGCUAGCCACAGCAUAUGGCCUCAUGAAAAUACCUUCACCAGCACCCAUCCGGAUCAUAAAAAACCUUCGAAUGUGUGAUGAUUGCCACACUGCUGUAAAACUAAUAUCGAAGGCCACAAAUAGGCUGAUAAUUGUUAGAGAUGCUAACCGAUUUCAUCAUUUUCAAGAUGGGUCCUGUACUUGUGCAGACCACUGGUAG